UAUUUUCACGCUAUAUGUGCUGUCCUACUUUUGGUUUAACAAAAAUAUUUGAUAGUGUAUGACAGUGUGACUUUACGGUUCAAGUGAAGAAGGUUGUAUUGUACUAUACAUUGUUUUCAAUUAGAAAAGUGAUAUGGAAGUAAACUCUUUAAUGGUGUAUGCCUGUUCGUGAAUGAAUGUACGUUAUUAAUACAACUUUAUCAUAUUUGAUGACUUGGAGGAAGUAGUUACGCGCCUUUUUUAACUGACAGUGGCCUUGAUAAAAGUGUUAGUUCUGCAGAUAUAUAAUUUUUAAAUGCGUUUACUUUCGGUGUUGUUACUGUGAUAUUUGACUGACACAGAAGGAAUAAGGUACGCGCGUUUUCUAACUUAAAGUGUUCCUGGUGAGUCUAUGAGAAUGUCGCGCGGGAGACGGGGGCGGAGCGGACGCCCAAGGAGUGCACGUGACAUCGAAAUGAGAACGAUCGAGGAGGAGGAGAGCUUCAGACAGGAUCUUGAAACGACAUUCCGACCAGUGUUCGAAAAGCACGGGAACCAGGGCGUGCUGGUGACGGAACUUCAAGAUGAGCUCGACGAGACGGGAAUUAUCAACCACAUCCCGGAAGAGAGACUGGACAUGCUCCUUGAGAAAGCUGACAGGGACGGGGACUCCUACAUCACGUAUAAUGAGUUCAUGAAUAUGAUGACGCGGCCGGGCGUUCUGACGGAGAAAGAGAGGAGGGCGAUGGGGGGCUUCAUGGCGAACGUCAUCUCCAACAUCGUGCCCGAGUCCAUGAAACAGGACUUCCUGGAACAUUACACGUGCUGUCCCCCGCCGCUGUUCAUGCCAAUCAUCAGUAUAGUGGAGAUUGUGGUGUUUAUUAUCUACGCGAUGGAGUUGAAGGACACGAAAGACCCUGUUACCGCCACUUCCGGUGUCCCCUUGUACAGCCCGUUCAUAUACAAGCCCUCAAGGAGAUACGAGGCCUGGCGAUAUCUCACUUACCUUCUCAUACACCAGGGGUACAUGCACCUUGUAGGGAACCUGAUAUUUCAGCUGUUGCUAGGGUUACCGCUCGAGUUCGUGCAUAAGUUCUGGCGUGUGGCUGUCGUCUACUUCUGCGGCGUUAUAGCAGGCUCGCUUGCUCAUUCGCUCACGGACCACAGUAUCGCUCUGGCCGGGGCUAGCGGGGGAUGCUACGCCCUCAUUGGCGCCCACCUUGCUUCCGUCGUGGUUAACUGGUCAGAGAUGAAUCACGAGUGUUGUGAUGGAAACCCCAUCCGGCUCCUGCUCAGCGCCCCCGUGCGGCUUACACUGCUGCUGCUUCUGGCGGGCUUGGAUACCGCGAACGCUGUGUACCGUCGAUUCUUUGACCCCGCCGGUGGUAAAAUCGGGAUCACCGCGCAUAUGGGAGGACUAGUUGCAGGCCUGUUCCUGGGUAUAGCUGUUAUGAAGAAUAUCAACGAGAAGCCGUGGGAGAAGAAAGUUGGCUGGGUAACCCUGGCCGCCUUCCUGAUAUUUGUGUCCCUCGCCAUCUUCUUUAACGGCCUGUACAACGGCUACCCGGAGACCGACUGGACCCCAUGUUGUCCUUGAUUGUCAUUGCACUGCGUGCUAACAAGGUUGUCGACCCAUAAAGACGCUUUAUACAUAUACAUAUUGUUAAUGAAAAUGCGCUUUAUAAUAUUUAGAAUGUUUAUGCCUGAUAAGUCAAAGUGUCGUUAUGGUUAAUGAAUUUAAAUGAACAUUUUUGGCCAAAGCAUUGGAGCGUAGUAAUACAGCAUCAAUUACUAACGUCUAGUUUUGUAUGACCGUUCGGUUAUUUUGAUCUUACACACACAAAAAACAACAAAUUGUCCGUUUAUAUUAUGAUAAAAUUUAAGACAAAUGUCGAUAUAAUUCGUAUUAAUUGUAACAAUUGGCGUGAAGAACUUUAUGUCGUGGCGUCAUUUUCGUGACAUUUCAUUUUAACCCGGCAAGGAAAACGUUAUGUUACGUUUAGUAACCAAUCCGGGAACCUAAAGUUAAAAGAAUAAUAAAAACAAAGUUUAUAAAAAGUGUGAAAAUAAGUUAUUUCAUUAAAACAUUAAAAUAUCAUCAAAGUCCAUGCUUUUUUCUGACGUUUAUUAUAACUUAAGUUUACAUAAUCUGUAGUUUAAAGUAUAACUAUUUGCAAUUUAAAGUAUAUGCAAAAUGCAUUAUUAUUCUUCCUGUGUCACUUUAUUUAUGUGAACAGGCAUCAAGUUUUCGUGGGUCGCUAACUGUUUCAUAUUCAGAACUUUCCUAUUUUUCCUGGUCAUCGAUAGUGCCUUUGUUAUUCUAUGUUACGCUCAAGCACCACAUACAGUCUUCCGUACAUUUUCUUACAAGUGAGAUUGUCAUUUGUGUUAACCAUCCGUCCUCCCAAGAUACAAGAUGAUUUUGUAGCGAUAUUGUGACAAAUUAUCGUGAAUUUUAUUUAUACGAUUUUAAAGAAAGAAAUACUUACCUUAAAAUGUGCGUAUGUAUUUUCAAUGAAUGUUUUAUCCAUAGCUAUAUUAAUCAUGAUUUGAUCUAACGAUAAUUUGUCAUACGAUUGCGGAUCAGACGGGUCAAAUAUAUCUAAAAACUAUUUAUAGCGAGUUCCAUUUUUUGGAAUCAUGACACCGGGUAGUGUUAUUGCUAAAAUGGAUUUGUAAAGGCUAAAGGUUGUCGUUUGUAUUUUAAAAUAGUCACACAAUCUAAACAUAUUAUCAUAUCUCAUUUUUAGCUCGAGUUAUUACUUUUAAUCACGAGGGAUGUAGGUGACGUUUCUGUUCUGCACAAAGUUGUCAAGGACAGCGUUCUAUAAAUUGCGUGCGGUAUAAGUGAAUAACCUUGUAAAUUAUCCGCACGGUAGUUAUAGAACGGUUACGCCUAUUUUAUUUGUUACUUUUCCGAUAUCGCAGUUAUUGAGUAGACGAAAACAAAGACAAUACUUCUAUAACUGCACUCAUAUUUAAAACAUGUUAUGUAAGAUAUUAUUUAUCAUAUUCAUAUAGCUAGCGUUUUAGACUUAUUGCAAUGAUUAUUUUCGUUACUUCUGGUGCAGUAUUCAUUAAGCUUGUUAGUGUUUUAUUUUUUCAACAAACAGAUCCUUUUUCGUAUUGCUGCCUAUGAAUACUUUAAUUCCCUCUGUUUGUUUCAUCAAAUUUAUUCUGAUGUUUUUAUCAUUUUUACAUACUUUCGGUGUAAAAGACAUUAUUCAUUUUCUUUAAAUUUGAUUUAGAAAAAAACAACAGGUAUUUUAAUAGUUGAUUUUUUUUUACUAAGAUGCAUAGUGAUUAUGGCCCAGUUGGGAAAUUGUUUCGUUAUCAAAAAAGGUGAAAAUCUAACAAGAUACUACCGUUUUGUUAAUAUCGUUUCAAUAUAGGCUUAUACAUAUUAAUCACUUUUCAGAUCGUAGAUAUACAAUCUUAUUUUAUACGAUGUUUUCUACUUUUGUACCAGCCCAUUAAAGGUAGCUUUUAAAGUUUGUUUUUUAACUGUAUAGUUUAUUUUUAUCUUCUUCAUUCCAUAUAGAUUCAAUAAAUAAAUAAAAUGUA